AUGAACACUUCGGACUUGACUUAUUUAUAUUCUUGCUCCGCCCACUCAAAAAAUCCUGAGAAGGCAGGAGAUGAAUUCGAUUCCAAAGUGGAGAAAAUCUAUAACGAUUUGAAAAAUUCGUCAAUUAAGAGACAGGAAGACCUUGCUUAUAAUCCGAAUGGAGAACUGACUCAAAUUGAUAUUUGGGGACCGGAAGAUGCUGAAAAAGUACUCAUUAUGAUCCACGGAGGGUACUGGCUGAUUGGAAACAGAAAAAAGUGUUUGGCCGUAGUUCCAGUGGCUCAAAAACUAGGGUUUACUGUAGUCAGUGUUGGAUAUGAUUAUGCGAAUAAAGAUCAUCCAUUGAGCAAAACAAUCGAAGAAGCAUUGGACGGAGUUCAGGAAUAUGCAAAUGAGGACCACUUCACAAUCUUGAUGGAACUGAUCAACGAGAACAGUCCAGUACACACCGACUUUUUCAAUUUUCUUCAUUCUGUUUGA